GAUGAGGCUGCUCCAGUGCAGAGCAGAGUGGGACAAUCCCCUCCCUUGCCAGGCUGUCCCUGAUGCCCCCAGGACAGGGUUGGCCCUCCUGGCUGCCAGGGCCCUGCUGAGUCAGAUCCAACUUCCCAUAAACAGGACCCCCAUGUCCCUUUCCUGCAGCACUGCUCUGCAGCCUCUCAUUUCCUAAUCUGUACACACAACCAGGAUUGCCCAGCCCCAGGUGCAGAAUCCGGCACUUGCCCUUGUUAGACUUCACAUGGUUGGAGAUUGAUUGACCUCUAAUUUGUCAAGGUCUCAGCAGGGCCUCUCUGCCCUCCAGGGAGUUGACCAGGGAGUUCUUCCAAUUUGCACAAUUAUUUGGAAAACAAAUAAAUUAAUACUUUUCCUACAUCACCUCGUGCAAGGCAAAUGUGGCCAUUUAGUGAGUCCACACUCAUGCUCACGUGUGCAUUGUCAGGGCCUUGAGGAUAUUCUCCCUUCCCCUCUCCUGGGCUUUUGUCUGCCAGACCUCUGGGCCUCCUUAGAAAAGGAUGCAGCUGUCUGGUUUUUAAAUGAGCUGUUGGGAGAAUCUGCUCUGCAGGGUCCCAGUGGGGCUCCCUGCUUAGCCUGGGAGCGCAUUUUAAGCGCCCGGUCUCAUUCUCAGUGCCUUCCUGCAGCUGACUCGCACCUGGCUGUUCUCCACCUGACAGCCUCGGACUUGCCCCAUUGCUGAAGACUCGUCUAAUGAUCCAGCCAGCCCAGUUUGCUCUCAGAGGACCUGUCCUGCUCACCUUGCUCAGAUGCCAAGAGAAGAUGCCCUUGUCAGAGAGGGUCCUGUCCGGCCUGCUUUGCCCUCACCCUUGGCUGCUGGCACACAAACAUGCAUACACUUACCUUUUCAUGCAAAGUUACAAAGCUACAUUUUUGAGCUGUUCUUCACUUCAUUUUCUAUACUACCUUGUGUUGCCACUCAGGAUAUCAGUGACUGUGGAACAUUGACUUACCUGUGCUUACAUUCUAAGUAUGGACACCUUCAUUUUUAAAUACCAUGGGAGAUAACAUGAAAGAAAAAAGAAAAACAAACCAGUCUUGGCCCUGUUUAAAAUGAAACUGCAGCGGUGUUUUCACUAGAAAGCAAAUUGGGAAAAUACCUGCUCAAGAAACUGAGACUGCAGCCAAUAAAUUUGUGCUCAGAAGAUCUUGAAUAAUUCAGUUCCAAUGAGCAGACUAAUUCUGUUACCAAUAUUAAACUGCUUGACAUAAGCAACUUGAGAAUCUGAAGUUUGUUUUUUUUAAAUAAACCAAAACAGAGAAACACAAAAUUGCACUGGAGAUAGCCACGCUUCCAUAACAGAUCCAGGUUUAGGAUACAAUAUUUUGCCAUACCUUAAAAAUAGACAAAAGUAAAAAUAAUGUAAGGUAAGUACACUGAGUAAGAAAAGCUGCUACAGAGAGGUCAUGCUGCAUGUACAGAAAUCAGAAAGUCUUGAAGGCCUGGGGUAAGAUAACCAAAUAUAUUUAAGUCAAGAACUACAUAACCUUCAUGGUAAACUGCUAUUAUUUCAGUCUGACAAAACACAGAUUAUCAUGACCUGUCAUUGAUUACUUUGAUUUCUUUGGAUUACAAGGAUCAGAAUUAAUGACAAUAAGUCUUACAGCACCAAACACAUGUGGUCUGUGCUGAUGAUAUUAAUAAUUUUUCAGAAAUUAAAAAUAGGACAAUUAAAGGGAAAAAAAUUGAGUUAACUUUGCUGAGCAGUGUAAGGUUGCUACAGAAACACAGGCCAUGCUGCAGGCAUGCAGAAAAUUGCAGUUGCAGCCAUGGGUGUCAGAAUCACCUUGUAUCUUAUCACCUUCUUAGCUGAAGAAACACAGUUAGCAGAGGAGAUAGAGCAUUUCAGCAGUGUGUACUGCCACGGUAAAAGGCACAAAAUGUUCUGAUUAGGUUCUUCUUAUAGAACUACCAACCUGGCUUCUGUGGGUUAAUGGGUGAAUACAGCCUGACCUAGAUGCCAGUGUCAGGACCAGAGGGAAUUACUCGCAGGAUUAUCUGCGAUGUUUACACUUGCCAGCUAAACAGAGCCAAGUCAGGUUUAGCUAAGUUGCAAUCAUCACAGCUUUACGUAAGGCAAUAGAUUUCAUGUCUUCACUAAGGUUAUCUGCAGGGGGCCUAAUCACGUUAAAGUAAGCACUCUGUCUUGACAGAGCUUCCUAAUUCAUGACAGUUCACACAAUUAUUUGGAGAACAAAAUAAUUAACAUCAGCAUAUGUUCUCAGCUGACUGAUACUCUCCUGGUUUCAUGUGUAGAUGAAAACAAGGACUGGAGACUAAGAUAUGUAUACAAGUACUGGUAGAAUGAACGAAGACAGACUUGUUAUUUUUUGUUCUUUUCUUUUUAUACAAAUAUCUUGAUAGUAAAAGGCACCUGCAAGAUACAAUAAGUAAAUAAAUGCCUAACAAGACAUUUUAGGUUACCUUUGUGUCUAAUGAGAAACACACCUGCUUUUUCCCACCCAACCACCUUCUUGUAACUGUCCACCUUACAUUCCUAUCCACUAUUCCUAUCCUAGCCAAAUGUAUGUAGAUAUGAGUGCUGUUGACGGGUGUAGCUGAUGAUUUAUUCGUUUUCUUUCUCCCCCUGCUGAUAUUAAUAGAUCUAAAUGCCUCUGCUUUUUCUUCUCCUCCCCUUGCUUUUUCCUAGGCUUUAUGUUUCCUUCUGGAAGAAUAACACCUUAAAAUUGCAUCAUUAGGCAUACAACACUAGAAGGGAAAAUUCUGAUCAGAAGUGGGGAUUUCUUUUCAUUGACACUGCAUGAUCUUUAGAGUAAGGGAAAGAUUUAGUCUGUAGUGUCCAUACUUCUGGAUUUGGUCCCAUUUGUGUAUUUCUAAGCUUUGAGCCACAUCCUGGAAAUUGCAGCAGGGAGGAUUGCAUGGCUGGGUGGGUGUGCCCACAUGGGAAAAAUGUAGGAAUCCCAGCUCUUAGCAGUUCGAAGGAGAGACUAUACUGACACCACUGUAGUCAAACAGGCCAUGACCUUCUUUUGGGACAGAGCAGGCUUCCAGCUGUUAUCAUGCUAACAUCAAACAAAGCAUCUGAUAGCCAAGUUCUUGAAAGUGGCAAGUUCAUUACAAAUUCAAAAACUAGUCAUUUUCAAACUGACUGCCAUCUGCCAUUCUGCCCUGAGACUGGCACCUUUGAAUUUUAAUUACUUUCAAGAUUUUGCAUUUUUAAAAGAAUGUAGUCACUUGUACUGAGAUGCAUUGAGUGUACUUUUUCCCCUCCAAUCCCACUAUUGGCUGGAGCAGAGUGGGCUGGCUGGUCCUUCCCACGGGGGGCUACCUUGGCUCCGUGCUGGGGCUCCCACACACAAGGGAGCUCUUGCUGGCACUCACCGGGGCUCUGCCCUGGCGCUGCCUUGUAAGGAUACCGCUCACCUGCGCCAGUGAGAACCCAGGCUCCAAAGAGAAAACUCAAAUGAAAGACCCUCCAGCAGGGCUCCCGAGCAAAAGGCACCAGGAGGGAGAGCUGUUGCUGUCCUGCGCCUUCCCUUGGAAGCUCCUUCACACUCCCAUCUGCACCUGCUCUAAGACUUGAUCCCCCUCUUGCCAGAGCCCAGGAAAGCAGCUGCCUUGGGCUCACAGAGGGGCUGAGGGCUCGAAAUCUCAGCUUUCCUUGGCAGUCCCUUCACCAGCGAACAGGUGUCCCACGCGCAAUGCUCCUCCAAGGAGCACGUUUCCCCCCGCCUCGUUUACGGCCCCGGAUCCUCUCCUCGCAGUCCCGGAGCUUCUUUCCCGCGGACGACUGCGAGGCCACAAGGACCGUGUUUCCCGCUUCCUGUCGCAACCCCAGCACCGCCACCCCCACGGCCACACUUCCCCACGGCUCUGCCGGCCAGCGUCCCGACUCCCCGCCGUCCGCCCAUCCCAGGCCACCCCAUCCCUCCCACGGCACCUCCCCGCCCGUCUCCGCUCCGCCUCCGCGGGGCGUGCAGGGGAGCGGCCGCCGUCCCACCGCUGUUCCCGAGCGGCCGCCGCGGCACUCGGCCCGCUCGCCGCCCGUCGCCGCCGGUCUCCGCAGCUGCUUUGGUUAAAAAAGGUGCCUUAAAUUAACCUUCAGGACACUCAGACUGAAGUGCAAGCAGAGCCUGUAAGGAAAAGAACUCGCUCUGAAAAUGGCGGAAGCUCACCAGGCAGUAGCUUUUCAGUUUACAGUAACUCCAGAUGGGAUUGACCUGCGUAUGAGCCAUGAGGCACUCAAACAGAUUUACCUGUCUGGUGUCUAUUCAUGGAAGAAGAAGUUCAUCAGAUUCAAGAAUGGAAUUAUCACCGGUGUUUACCCUGCUAGCCCAUCUAGCUGGCUUAUUGUAGUUGUGGGUGUGAUGUCAACCAUGUAUGCUAAAAUUGAUCCUUCCUUAGGGAUAAUAGCCAAGAUCAACCGAACACUUGAUACAACUGGCUAUAUGUCAAACCAAACACAGAACAUUGUGAGUGGAGUACUUUUUGGCACAGGGCUUUGGGUUGCCCUUAUCGUCACAAUGCGCUACUCCCUGAAAAUGCUGCUCUCCUACCAUGGUUGGAUGUUCGCUGAACAUGGCAAGCUUAGUGCUGGCACCAAGUUUUGGAUGACCCUUGUAAAACUUUUCUCAGGGCGUAAACCCAUGUUAUACAGUUUCCAGACAUCUUUACCACGAUUGCCAGUUCCAGCUGUUAAAGACACAGUCAAUAGGUAUCUGGAGUCAGUUCGACCACUUAUGGAUGAUGAAAAGUUCAAAAGAAUGGAGGGUCUUGCCAAAGAUUUUGCUUUUAAUUUGGGACCAAGACUUCAGUGGUAUUUGAAGCUAAAAUCCUGGUGGGCCACCAAUUAUGUUAGUGAUUGGUGGGAAGAAUAUAUCUACCUUAGAGGACGUGGACCAAUCAUGGUUAAUAGCAACUAUUUUGCAAUGGACUUCCUUUCUUUAUAUCCCACAACCCUGCAGGCAGCUAGAGCUGGUAAUGUUAUCCAUGCCAUCCUGCUCUAUCGGAAAAAACUGGACAGACAAGAAAUCAAGCCAAUUCUUUUGAUGGGAUCCACUGUUCCACUCUGCUCAGCUCAGUGGGAAAGAAUGUUUAAUACUUCCCGUGUCCCAGGAGAGGAAUCAGAUACCCUCCAGCAUGUGAAAGACAGCAAACACAUUGUUGUGUAUCACAAGGGCCGAUACUUCAAAGUGUGGCUGUACCACGAUGGCAGAUUGUUGAGACCCCGAGAAAUUGAACAGCAAAUACAGAGAAUUCUUGAGGAUGAUUCAGAACCUCAGCCAGGUGAAGAGAAACUUGCAGCUCUUACUGCAGGAGAUAGAGUACCAUGGGCUAAGGCUCGUCAGGCUUAUUUUAGCCGUGGAAAGAACAAGCAGUCCUUAGAUGCUGUUGAAAAAGCAGCAUUUUUUGUGACAUUGGAUGACAUGGAGCAGGGGUACAAGAAGGAGGACCCAGUGAGGUCCCUGGAUGCAUAUGCAAAGUCAUUGAUACACGGCAGAUGUUAUGACAGGUGGUUUGAUAAGACAUUCACUCUUGUAAUAUUCAAAAAUGGCAGAAUGGGUCUGAAUGCAGAGCACUCCUGGGCAGAUGCUCCUAUUGUUGGACACCUGUGGGAGAAUGUGAUGGCAACUGAGUAUCUUGAACUGGGCUAUUCAGUAGAUGGACAUUGCAGAGGAGAUCCCAAUCCGAACAUUCCCAUUCCUACCAAACUGCAGUGGGAAAUUCCAGAAGAAUGCCAAGAAGUGAUUGAGAAGUCUCUGAGCACUGCUGUAGCUCUAGCAGAUGAUGUGGACUUCUGUUCCUUUUGUUUUGAUACUUUUGGGAAAGGACUAAUAAAGAAAGUGAAAACCAGCCCUGAUGCCUUUGUGCAGCUUGCCCUGCAGCUCGCUCACUACCGGGACAUGGGAAAGUUUUCCUUAACGUAUGAAGCGUCCAUGACGCGGCUGUUCCGAGAAGGCAGGACCGAAACGGUUCGUUCGUGCACAGUCGAGUCCUGUCGUUUCGUCCAAGCCAUGGAAGACCCCACUGAGAGUAGAGAAAAUACGCUGAAGUUCUUCCGGCAGGCAGCUGACAAGCAUCAGCACUUGUAUCGCCUCGCCAUGACCGGGGCCGGCAUCGACCGCCACCUCUUCUGCCUUUACGUCGUGUCCAAGUACCUCGCCGUGGAUUCGCCUUUCCUCAAGGAGGUUUUGUCAGAACCUUGGAGGCUGUCAACGAGCCAGACACCCCAGCAGCACAUUGAUCUGAAGAAGAACCCAGAGAUGUUGUCCUCUGGUGGAGGGUUUGGACCGGUGGCUGAUGAUGGUUAUGGUGUUUCUUACAUGAUCUUGGGUGAGAAUUGCAUCCAUUUCCAUGUCUCCAGCAAAAUAUCUUGUUCUGAGACGGAUUCUCAUCGCUUUGGAAAGAACAUCGAGAAAGCAAUGGUUGACAUCAUGGCUUUAUUUAACCUCAGCAAAAACUGCACCAAGUGAUCUGCUUUCUUGAUGCCCAGCAAUCUCCUCUUGGUGGGAUGAGAACUCUGCUGCACAGUGAACAAGAGCAAGGUUUGUUGAAGAGUAGCUGGAGAAGAAACUGAGUCAGCACCUUCUUGAUCACCUAUUAAAACCUUAGCAGUAUAUUAAAUGUGUCUUUUUUGUUGUGGUUUGUUUUGGGUUUUUUUUUUUUUUGUCAGUAGUAUGGAAGAGCUUAUUUCAACAAAGGAUGACUUCUAAAAUCUUCUGUGUUUCUAGAGAGGAAGCAUAGUGUCAUUGCAUGAAGUCACGUAUAUUCUAACUUCUGCAGUUUUCUCUUAAUUUGUAUACACUUUCUCUGUUUCGGUUUUUUUUUUAACUUUAAAUUUGUUUACUUGUUUCCAGAAUCAAAGGGAUAAAACACACAGACUUCAAUACUAGAAAAAGCUAGAUUUGCUGUGUAUUAAUAGCAGAAUGUUCUUCAGUGUAUCUGCUGCUUUAUGCAAACGUGUGACAAAACUUGUGGCCAUUUGCCUUCCUUGGUUUCUUUUUAGAGGUAAACUCUGUCAAACAUACCAAAAAAUCUUUGCUGUAACCCACCUUAACACGCUAAGUUGUAGAAAUGUUGUGAUUUUUGAAAGCAAAAAAAAAAAAGAAACCCAGCCAUUGGAUAGUACAAUGUGUCCUCUCAUUAGCAGGUAUCACAUUUUUCUUACUGCCUGCAAGCCUGUUCAUGACAUUGAUUUUAUUUCUGUAUAAAUAAAUGGACCUGUGUGCUUGUUCAUGCCAGUGCCUUAGAAAAACAAGAUCCUUAGCCCAGGCAAAAGGCACAUGCUGGGAGUUGUUUCAGUGGUGAAAGAGGGAAGGUUGUAGUAAGGCAGAUCUGGUUUUCAAAUUACACAUUAGGAUGAAGUGGCAUAAGCAGACGUGAAUAUGUUGCCAAAUGGUGCAGUCAGGUUUAAAAUUCUAAUGAAAUGCUCCUGUCUGAAAUAGCAAAGGUUGGUCCUUAGGAAGGGCAGGACAGACUUUGUUUGGGAUUGACAGAUAUUCAUGUGUUUGUUUUAGUGGGUGGAAUUGGUGGUCACUUGGGUUUCUGGGUCCUGGGAAACGUUAAUUGAGUUCCCAAGCUGUUGGGAAGCCUGCAAAGCCAGGCUGCCCGUGUGGGCUGAUGGAUUGCAGUCUGCCUGGAAGGACCACUGCUGCAUUGCCAGCCACCUGCAGGAGAAGGGCAAGCUACUAAAGCCAUGGGAAAUAGCUCCAGAGUGGGAAAGUCAUGGCCUUCUCAAACCUCUCCUGGGAGAUGCUCUUGGUCAAGCAGUUUCUGAAGGAUAGAGGGAGAGAGGGAGGGGAAGUUUUUUCACUCAGGAAGGAGCAUGGUGUUUCUGAGUGCAGAAAUAAAAUGGCUGCUACCAAAUGGAGCAACUUCUGCAUGAUGCUUCUCUUCCCCAGGCUUUAUAGCUGUGGUACUUUUUUUACACCCUGCAGUGCAGUAAAGUGUACUUGUUAGCACAGCCGUUUUUGUUAUUAUAAAUAUUAUUUUAUAUAUGGUACAUGAUGGUUACUAAUACAGUGAAUGAUGCUCCUGAGCUCUGCUGAGUUUAAAAGACCCUUGGGGUGGAUAUAAAACUUCUCAUUAGACUUUGAAUGUUUUCUGGCCAGUAUUUCUAACUUUCUAUGCCUCUUCAUGCUUAUUUUUACUCUGAUCUAGCUAUUCAAACACCUGUGUGUGUGUCCUUGGGGUGGGAGCCCUCAAAAAUCCAAGAUGCAUACUUAAGUGACUGCAUGCUAACAUAAAUGUGGGAAUCCUCACAGGAGCUGAUCCAAGACACUCAUUAUUUGAUUAGGGUACAGUGUGUGGGAAAGGACACUUUGAAAUAAGCCUUACUGCAUCUGGCAGGCCUGGCACUUACCAAGCUACUGCAACAAUUUUAUAGUGAUCUAUUUUUGGAGCUGCAAAAAUAAUGCACUGGGGGUUUUGGGGGUUGUUUUUGGUGUUGGCUUUUUUUUUAAUUGACCACUGACCAGUCUGUGUUUAAAUUAACAUAUUAGCUUUUAGGAUUUUCUUUAAACAAAAAAAAAGGUUUAGAUUUGACUCUCAGGUCUUAAGUGUUUCUAGUCUAAUUGUUGUUAGUGCAAUUUUGCAUUCUUGGAGAGUAAGUAUGAUUGGCACAGAAAGCUGUUUUUUAUUGUAAAUGUUUAAAAUAUUUUGUGGUGUUAAAUGUAUCUUUUUAAAUUUUGGAAUAGAUAUAGUUCCUGAGCAGAUAAUAUUUUAUUUCUUUUUCUUUAAAAUGUCAUCAGCAUGUAAAUAAAAUAUGCUUUUUGGAUGUAAAUCUUAGAAAUCCACAGUGAAUGUAGGUUAUUAAUAAAUAAUUUAAAUCUUGAUGUUCAAUAUUGUGUACAUACAGUAAAACUGCUUGGGUUUUUUUGCUCAAAGCCAUAGGAAUGUAACUGAAAUUACCUAGAUUUGAAUGAGCCUUCUAGUACAGUGUAUUUUAUUGUAAAGUUAAAUGUUCAUAUUCCAGUAAAACUGCUAAUUUGAUACUAAAACUUUGAAUCAUUGAUUCUCAAUUAAUUGUUUAGGAGAUCAAAUUUAGGGUUGAGGAGGUGGCUAAAAGCCAGGUUGGAUGAUAAUAAUUUUUUCUGUUUAUGAAAUGGCAGUGUGGAAUUGGUGGAAUAUACUUGGAGUGAGCAUUUUUCAAAUUUAUUAUUUCAGCUAUUUCAUGGCAGAAGUUAGGCAAGCAUGGAGUCCAUUUACAGGGUGCCAUUGUUAGGGAUUAAUACUCUUCCCAGCUGAAUAUUCUUUUAAGGCUUGAGGCUUUUGAGGGACUAGGGAAGUGUGUGCCUGACCUUGAAAAUCAUGGUUCUAAUUCAACCUUUGUACCAAUUGUUUUCUCAUGUAAAAUAUAUUAAUUUAAGGUGGUGGAUUUUUUUUAAUCUUGUUUAGUUACUUUACAUCUGUUGUUGGUUAUUUACGUCCAACACUUUGUCUCUAUUUUCUACUUUCUUCUGUGACUUCAAAAAACAAAAUAAAAUUUCACAAUUGCCACUA